AUGGGACGGUAUCACACGUGCCAUGCCAAGUCUGGUGAAGUGGUCGAGCUAGACCUAAGUUCCAGUUGCUUCCAUGGCAAACUAAGUUCCAAAAGCAGUCUUUUUAAACUGCAAAGGCUCCGUGUUCUCAAUCUUGCUUACAACGAUCUCGUCUCUUCUGAGAUACCUAGCCAGCUCGGUACACUCAAGGAGUUAACAUUACUCAACCUCUCAAACACUUUGUCGUCUGGUACAGUUCCAACAGAGCUUCUUCAUCUAACCAAGUUGGUGUCUCUUGACCUCUCUUCUAACUCAUUAUCAGCUCAAAAGUCAUUUCUUAACAAUCUUUCCCAGAAUUUGACAAACCUAGAGGAGCUUAACCUAGGUCUUGUAGACAUUUCUUCAGAAAUUCCUCCAAAUAUCUCAAAACUAUCCUCUCUCAAAUCACUCUCUCUUGAUGAAUGUACACUUCCUCCUAACAUAAGUGCACUUUGCAACUUAGAGACCUUUGAAGCAAGUGAAAACAUUUUCACUGGAACUCUCCCUUCUACUCUCUUCAACACCCCUUCUUUGACUUACAUCGAUUUGAAAGAUAAUCAACUCAAUGCCAUUCUUGAGUUUGGGAAUAUCUCUUCACCAUCUAAGCUAGAAAGGUUAUCACUUGGCAAUAACCAUUUCAAAGGGUCUCUCCCAAUAUCCAUUUUAAGCUUAGUCAAUCUUUACAGCCUUGACCUUUCUUAUUACAACACGGGGAUGUCAGUAGACUUUGGUUUCUUCUUAUCACAACUCAAGGGUGUCAUAGAUAUGGACAUAAGCUAUAAAAACACCACAAAUAUAGUUGACUUGAGUACCAUCUUCCUACAUCUCAAGUCCCUAUCUUCACUGCAGCUGUCAGGGGUACAUGUCUCGACCGCGAAAAUGGGUUUAGUUUCCAAUCUACCAACGAACUUAGGCACCUUGCACUUGUCAGGCUGA